CUCUCGUUUCUCAUAGCUAAUAUGCAAAACUCAUAGCCUAUUCAUAGACCACACAAAAGUAGUGUAGAAAUGUUUCUUAAUUUUCCAGGUUUCCAAAAAUGUCCGAAGAGGAAGUUUCUGAGGAGGAAGAGAUCGACGAAGAAGAAGCCGUUGAGGAAGGUGCCGAAGAAGAAGAAGCCGCUGCUGAGGAAGAGCAUCAUGAGGAUGAGCAUGCUGAAGAUGAGAAAAACAAAAGCGGAGGAGAGGACAAAGCUCCUGCACAGAUAACGGAAGCAGAACGUGCCAUGAUUGCUGCCAAGAAACGCCAUGAUGAAGAAGAGGCAGCGAGAAUGCAAGAAUACGAGGAAAAGCGUCGUGCUGAAAGAGAGAGAAUCGAUGAAGAAUUGCGCGAACUGAAAGAAAAACAAGAAAAAAGACGUCUCGAACGUGAAGAGGACGAACGACAGUAUGCCGAACGCCGUCGUCAAGAUGAAGAACGAAGAAGGCAGGAGGAGGAAGAACGAAAGGCAAGGCUUGAAGCGGAGAAAAGUCGUAAAAAUGUGGAAAGGAUGAAACGACAGCAAAUGAUGGCAGGAUCCUUUGGCGUAUCUUCGAACCAGCCUGUCAAGAAAAAUUACACAAUAACAAAAAGCGAUCAAGCUGCUCAGUUUGGAAAUCUAGCACAGGGUAAAAACGAUGCACUCAAUAAGGAGCAACAGGAGGAAGCAAAGCGCGCAUUCCUGGCGGCUGUCUGUCGUCCCCAGGAUAUCUCAAACGUUCUUCCCAAUGAUUUGAAGGAACGAAUCAAAACUCUUCAUGCUCGCAUCGUCAAAUUGGAAAGCGAAAAAUACGACCUUGAAAAGCGUCAUGAGAGACAGCAGUAUGAUAUAAGAGAGCUGAAUGAGCGACAGAGACAAGUCGCUCGAAACAAAGCUAUUCAAAAGGGGCUUGACCCUGAUGAAGCUGUCUCAUCCAAGCAUCCACCAAAAAUCACCACUGCCUCAAAAUUCGAUCGCCAAACAGAUAGAAGAUCUUACGGCGAUCGUCGUCUUAUGUUUGAGCACCCGACUAUUCAAAGACCUUAUACACUUGCCCGCGGGACAGCUCGUCCUCCGAGCGAAUGGGGUCGCAAGGAAAACGAGGAACUCGAACAAAUUCGCAAGAAUCUUGAGCCACCAAAGUACGUAGAACAGGUACGCGCCGAAGGCGAUGCCGCGAAACCACCGGUUGCUCCAAUACCGUUGGUGCUUCCGGAAAAAGAAUUCGUGGAAGAGCCACCACCACCAGAACCUACGCAACAAGCACAGGAAGCUCCUGCAGAAAAUGCGCAGAAUGGAGAAGUUCCUGCAGAGACAGAAGCUCCCGCCGAAGCAGCACAAGAAGCUCCCGCAGAAGAAGUCGAAGUUGCCGCCUAGACGUCAAAAAUGCCUACAAACCUUCGCGUGUGCCAUAUUUGUUCACUACAGGAGCAAAAUUACCAAACAAAUUAGUGUCUGAAAAACUGGUGAAGGCAUGUAGGCAUUGUAUACCUGUCUCGCUUUUUCACAUAAAUAUUUUACCAAGU